AUGGAUCAGUGUCAGGAUAAAGAGAUGAUGCUUAAAGCUGUUGCACAGAGGAAGAUAAAACUUAUCAAAUUACUUCUUGAUGGAGGAGUAGAUGUGAACUUUCAGGGAUAUGACGGUAAAACACCAUUGAUAGUGGCAUGUAGUUUUCUGCAUCAAAACGAGGAGACCGAUUCCAUGAUUAUGCCAAUCUAUUUACUUAUAAAAGGCGGCGCUAACAUAAAUGCCCAGGAUAUGAAAGGUCGUAGUGCACUUAUGUAUGCUGUACGUCAUGUUUUGGAAACUGAUAUAAUUCAAAUGUUAUUAGAUAACGGUGCAGAUCCAAAUAUACUUGAUGAUGAAGGACGAAAAACGUAUUAUUACAUCAGAAGAAAUAUAUGGCCUAGAUAUAAAAGCAUUUUGAGAAAGUAUUUGAAGUCACAACAUGACACAAAUAUAACAGAAAACCAUCAUUACACUCAUGAUUUGCAAACGUGUCAGGAUAAAGAGAUGAUCCUAAAAGCUGUGGCACAAAGGAAGAUAAAACUUGUCAAAUUACUUCUUGAUGGAGGAGUAGAUGUUAACUUUAAAGGAUAUGAUGGCAAAACACCAUUGAUUGUGGCAUGUAGUUUUCUGCAUCAAAACGAGGAUAGCGAUUCCAUGAUUACACUUAUCAAUCUUCUUAUAAAAGGUGGUGCUAACGUAAAUGCCCAGGAUAAGAAGGGUCGCACUGCAUUAAUGUAUGCUGUACGUCAUGUUUUGGCAACUGAUAUCAUUCAACUGUUAUUAGACAACGGUGCAGAUCCAAACAUACUUGAUGACGAAGGACGAAAUACGUAUUAUUUCAUCAGAAGAAAUAUAUGGCCUAGAUAUAAAAGCAUUUUGAGAAAGUAUUUGAGAUCACAACAUGACACACAAGUCACUGAAAAUAACCGUCACAAUCAUGGUUUGCAGCAGUUUCAGGAUAAAGAGAUGAUCCUAAAAGCUGUGGCACAAAGGAAGACAAAACUUGUCAAAUUACUUCUUGAUGGAGGAGUAGAUGUUAACUUUAAAGGAUAUGAUGGCAAAACACCAUUGAUUGUGGCAUGUAGUUUUCUGCUUCAAAACGAUGAUAACGAUUCCAUGAUUACGCUAAUCAAUCUUCUUAUAAAAGGUGGUGCUAAAGUAAAUGCCCAGGAUAUGAAGGGUCGCACUGCAUUAAUGUAUGCUGUACGUCAUGUUUUGGCAACUGAUAUCAUUCAACUGUUAUUAGACAACGGUGCAGAUCCAAACAUACUUGAUGAUGAAGGACGAAAUACGUAUUAUUUCAUCAGAAGAAAUAUAUGGCCUAGAUAUAGAAGCAUUUUGAGAAAGUAUUUGAGAUCACAACAUGACACACAAGUCACUGAAAAUAACCGUCACAAUCAUGGUUUGCAGCAGGUAAAUGAAUAUCACAUGUUAUAUCAUGAAAUCUCACAUAGCAAUGACAGUAAAUCAAUAGUUACCGGUACUUUAGACAAUAUUCAUCGACGAGCAUCCGAUUCGUUUGCAUCAGGUCAUCCAAAUAAAGUCAAACUUUUGCCUAAGCGCAAAUCCAAAUCUUAUUCUUAUCAAUCUGGUAUCGUUUGUAAUUUGAUUCAUGAAGAAAAUGAAAACGGCAAUACAAUGGAAGGACAUAUUGAAGAGUUUCGUAAAGGCAAACAAAAUUAG